AUGUCAAACCCACCGGAUGGAUGGUCCAACAACAUUCCAGAUGUCAACUUGGGUGCCUCCGGGGAAAAUAGCAGACUGAAAUGCAAUCUUCCGUAUGAUGCUCCAGAACGUGACUAUCUAAAGUGUGUGAUAGGGGAGGAUUUCUUUGAGAAGUUAGCUAGAAACACAAACAUAAAUGCAGCUACAAAGAGAUCCCCAGUAGAUGCCUAUAACAAUGACGAAUACGCCUCUUCAGAUCCUGCAUGGACCCCAACCAAUGACAAGGACACGAGGGUCUUUAUUGCAAUCAACACACUCAUGGGUAUAACAAGGACAGCUGAAUACAAUGAUUGCUGGUCACAAGAUCAUGCCCUCAGAAAUGAGUACAUUUCAAAGUUGAUGACCAAAAAUCGCUACGAGAAACUAUGUCAAUAUCUCCAUUGUAGUAAUGUCCGUGAACGGCAUGAGGAAAAUGAUAAAAUUCAAAAGGUUAGGGAUUUUGUCAAUGUUCUGCAAGAGAAUUUCUCAAGCAUGUUUGUGCCAGGACAGACCCUCUCGGUGGAUGAAGCGAUGAUCAAAUAUAAUGGGAGGUUGGCAUGGAAACAAUACAUGCCAAAAAAGCCAACGAAAUGGGGCAUCAAACUAUGGUGCGUGUGUGACUCGACGACAGGAUACUGCCUUGUCUUCGAAGUAUACACAGGCAGGGGGAUGGACGCGGAACUUGUCCAGCAAUUUGGCCUGGGGUAUAUGGUGGUGAUGGGGCUAAUGAACCAGUAUCUGUUACAGAAUCACAUCGUCUAUGCUGACAACUUCUUUUCAUCUCUGCCCCUCCUUGAAGACCUCCUUCAGGCAGACACUUAUUACUGUGGUACCCUCCGAAAGGAUCGUGCUGGUAUCCCACGUGAGCUGCAACAAGUUCGGCUAGAAAAGUAUGACAACGUGAAGUGGGCCAGGAAUGCUGUUACAGUCACUAGAUGGAAGGACAAGAGGGACGUGUAUCUGAUCUCCACAAACAACGAUGGGUCUGACGGGCAGAAGUCACGUACAAAGUUUCGCAGAGAUGAGAGUAUCUCAAUCCCAUCGGUCAUUCAGGAUUACAACGCUGAGAUGGGCGGGGUUGAUCACGCUGAUCAACUAAGAAGCUAUUACAAUGUUGGAAGGACAGGAAGGAGGUGGUGGAAGUACCUCAUGUGGGGCCUCCUCAAUGUUGCCAUGGUGAAUGCAUACAUUCUGUGGGAACGAGACCGCAUCCCUCAAAUCGCAGGAGUUGGUCCUGAAAGCGUUCAAGUUGGCCCUCAUCCAUCAGCUUGGGGAUGGAUUUUCUUCACGUAA